AUGAGUUAAUAGAAAUUGUUUAUGUGUUAACAUAUAGAACAUGAAGGUGAAGAUAUAUAAGGUUUCUGUUUAAACUUGAGUUGCUAAGAUUUAAGAUCUUAGUUCUGUCUUCAAUGUGCAAUUGAUCCUAUGAAACAUACCAAUUGUAAGAAAGACUUAAAAGGAUUUGGUUAAGUUUAAAGUUUUGUCACUAAAUUCAAUUAAUAUAUAUGUGAAUUAACAAAUUAAUUGAAUGAAUCCUUUGGAUAAGUCAAAAUAAAAUAUGAAGAAUCUUCAAAAUAAUUGGAAAACAUGAAAAAAUAAUUAUUUAAACUAUCUGAAUAUUUAAGUUAAUAAGAUUAUCAAUAAAUGAAGGAUAAUUUACAGUUGAUUAAGGAGUGGUAUUAAUAUUAGAAUAAUAAAGAGAAGAUUUCUAAAAUGAAUUAAAUAGGUAUUAGUGAAAUUCAUAUUUAUAGGAAAUUCACUAAUAGAUCGGAAGAGCGUCGUGUAGGGAAAGAGUGUAGAUCUCGGUGGUCGCCGUAUCAUUAAAAAAAACAGGAGGUCUCCAAGAUA